AUGGCCUCCGCCCGCCUCGUCGCGCUCGCCGCCUCCCUCCUCCUCCUCCUCCUUCUCCUCACCCUGGGCCCGGGCCAGGAGGCGCGCGCGGCGGACGACGGCGAGGUGCGCGCGCUGCUGGCACUGGGGGCCGCGCUGGACCUGACGGGUCGCCUGCUCCCGUCGUGGGCUCCCGGCCGCGACCCCUGCGCGCCGCCGCCGUCGGGGGGGUUCGAGGGCGUCGCGUGCGACGCCCGCGGCGCCGUCGCCAACGUCUCGCUUCAGGGGAAGGGGCUCGCCGGCACGCUCCCGCCCGCCGUCGCGGGGCUCCGCUCCCUCACCGGCCUCUACCUCCACUACAACGCGCUCCGCGGCGGCAUCCCGCGGGAGCUGGCGGCGCUCGCAGCGCUCACCGACCUCUACCUCGACGUCAACAACUUCUCGGGGCCCAUCCCACCGGAGAUCGGCGCCAUGGCGUCACUGCAAGUGGUGCAGCUCUGCUACAACCAGCUCACCGGGAGCAUCCCCACGCAGCUGGGCAACCUCAGCAGGCUCACCGUGCUGGCCCUGCAGUCCAACCGCCUCAACGGCGCCAUCCCGGCCAGCCUCGGCGACCUGCCGCUGCUCGCGCGCCUGGACCUCAGCUUCAACGCCCUCUUCGGCUCCAUCCCCGUCAGGCUCGCGCAGCUGCCCCGCCUCGUCGCGCUCGACGUCAGGAACAACUCGCUCACCGGCAGCGUGCCCGCCGAACUGGCCGCCAAGUUGCAGGCCGGCUUCCAGUACGGGAACAACAGCGACCUGUGCGGCGCCAGGCUGCCCGCGCUCCGCCCGUGCGCCCCGGCGGACCUCAUCGACCCCGACAGGCCCCAGCCCUUCAGCGCAGGCAUCGCGCCGCAGGUCACGUCCUCCUCCGGCGGCGACGGGCGCGCGCCGUCUACCAGGGCGCUUGCGGCAGUGGUUGUCGCCGCCGUGGCCCUCCUGGCGGCCACGGGGGUCGCCCUGUUCGCGCUCUCGUGGCGCCGGUGGCGCCGGCAGAGGGCCGCGGGGGGCUCGCCGUCUUCGAUCUCCGGCGGCCGGUGCAGCACCGAGGCCGCGCCUUCGGCGGCGAAGGCGUCGCCGUCGGCUCGCAAGAGCGCGUCGUCGGCGCUGGCGAGCCUCGAGUACUCCAACGCCUGGGACCCGCUGGCCGACGCGCGCGGCGGGCUGGGCUUGUUCUCGCAGGACGUGCUGGCACAGAGCCUGCGGAUCAGCACGGAGGAAGUGGAGUCCGCGACGCGCUACUUCUCGGAGCUCAACCUCCUCGGGAGGCGCGGCAAGAAGGCCGGCGGCCUCGCGGGCACGUACAGGGGCACGCUGCGCGACGGCACCUCGGUGGCAGUGAAGCGGCUGGGCAAGACGUGCUGCCGGCAGGAGGAGGCCGACUUCCUGAGGGGGCUGAGGCUGCUCGCCGAGCUCCGGCACGACAAUGUGGUCGCGCUGAGGGGGUUCUGCUGCUCCAGGGCGCGCGGGGAGUGCUUCCUCGUCUACGACUUCGUGCCCAACGGCUGCCUGUCGCAGUUCCUCGACGUCGACAUCGACGCCGACACUGCCGGCGGCGGCAGCGGCCGUGUCCUCGAGUGGUCCACGAGGAUCUCCAUCAUCAAGGGCAUCGCCAAAGGAAUUGAGUAUCUGCACAGCACAAGGACGAACAAGCCCGCUCUCGUCCACCAGAACAUCUCAGCGGACAAGAUCCUGCUGGACUACACGUACAGGCCCCUCAUCUCCGGGUGCGGCCUGCACAAGCUCCUCGUGGACGACCUCGUCUUCUCGACGCUCAAGGCCAGCGCCGCCAUGGGGUACCUCGCGCCGGAGUACACCACCGUGGGCCGCUUCUCGGAGAAGAGCGACGUCUACGCGUUUGGGGUCAUCGUGCUCCAGGUGCUCACCGGCAAGAGGAAGGUGACUACGACUCAGCUGCCAGACAACGUCGAUGAGCUCGUCGACGGCAAUCUGCAGGGGAAUUACUCGGCGUCUGAGGCCGCCAAGCUGGCGACGAUCGGCUUGGCUUGUACCAGCGAGAACCCGGACCAGAGGCCGACGAUGGCGGAGCUGCUCCAAGAACUGGGCACCAUCUGA